AUUAUUUUCAUUUUAAAAAUUAUCCAGAAAGGAAACAAAAAUAAUUUUCGUGUUUACGCUUUUACAUUAUUUUCAUUUCAAUACACGUACAGGAAGUUACAAAAUAUGGUAUACCCAAAAUAUGUGACGAAGUAGUAUUAUAGAAAAACCGCUGUUUUUAAAUUUACCAAUGAACAGAAAUAACCAAUCUUAUUUUAAAUUAGGAGGAAUUCGUCCACCACGAACGAAAAGCAAAACACCAAUAGUUAUAAUGGCAGCAAUUUGUGUGUUUUCCAUUACGUACGCAAUAUUUUUGAUAUUUUUAGCUAUAUUACAUUCUAAUAACGCCUCCAAAAACAAUACUUAUUAUUAUCCAAUGGUAAUAGCUACAUGGGAUUUUGUUAAGUCUACAGAGAAAGCAUGGGAAAAGGUAUAUGCUGAUAAAAGUUCGGCACUUGAUGCUGUUGAAGAGGGUUGUAAAGUUUGUCAAGAAUUGCAGUGUGACGGAACCGUGGGAUAUGGUGGGAGUCCUGAUGAAAAUGGAGAAACUACUUUGGAAGCUAUGAUUAUGGAUGGAGCUACAAUGAAUGUGGGAGCUGUUGCAAAUUUAAGACGUGUUAAAAAUGUUAUCGGCGUUGCCCGCCAUGUUUUGCAUUACACACAACAUUCUAUUUUAGCUGGUGAUUUAGCUACAGAAUUUGCCAUAAAAAUGAAUUUUAAAGAAGAACCAUUAUCUACUAAUACUUCAACAUCUUUGUGGAAAGAAUGGAAAGAAAAUAAAUGCCAACCCAAUUUUUGGACGAAUGUAUCACCAGAUCCAACGACAAGUUGUGGUCCAUAUAGUCCGAAACGACUAUCAAACUGGUGGCAUGUUGAUAAUGAACAAAAUAAACAAUUUCAUAUAUUUGGUAGAGGCAACCAUGAUACUAUUGGAAUAAUUGUAAUAGAUGGUGAUAACAAUAUUGCUGCUGGGACUUCAACAAAUGGUGCAAAAUAUAAAAUUCCUGGACGAGUCGGAGAUUCUCCAAUUCCUGGAGCAGGAGCAUAUGCGGAUAAUGAUGUUGGAGCUGCUGCAUGUACCGGAGAUGGAGAUAUAAUGUUAAGAUUUUUACCAAGCUUCUUAGCUGUCGAAGAAUUAAGAAGAGGUUCACUGCCAGGUGCUGCUGCGGCUACUGCAAUAAAUAGAAUUGCUGAAAAAUAUCCCUCAUUUGUGGGCGGAAUAGUAGUUGUUAACAAAGAAGGUACUUACGGCGCAGCAUGCCAUGGGCUUAAAUCUUUUCCAUAUACUGUUAGUAAUAAAUUUUUAGGACAAGCAACUGUUAAUACUGUAGAUUGUAUAAAUACUGAACUGUAAAAUUUCUUAUUGUGAUAUUUUAUAAAAUAAUAUUUUUUCAUAAA